CGUUUGACAAACAUCUAAUUGUAUUGUAACAACAUAAAUAAACAAUCAUUUCUGAAUUGGUAUUCGAUUUGCCCGAAAAUUACAUUCUAUUAAAAGUAGAAAAUGGGUCGAAGGAAGUCUAAGAGGAAGCCAGCGCCUAAGAGAAAAGCCAUAGAACCAUUGGAUACACAAUUUAAUUGUCCAUUCUGCAAUCAUGAAAAAUCUUGUGAUGUUAAAAUGGAUAAAGGUCGAAGUACUGCUCGAAUAACAUGUCGAGUUUGUCUAGAAGAUUUUCAGACCACUAUAAACUUCUUAUCAGAACCUGUAGACGUUUAUAACGAUUGGAUAGAUGCUUGUGAAAAUGCGAAUUAGAUUUUAAUGUAACAUUUAGCAGUUUAUUUAGUUUUAUAAAAUAGUUAAGUAAUAUGCAAAAAUUUGAGUGUGAACAGAUAUUUAGAAUUGUUUAUAAAUCUUUCUGUGCCGGCACAUUGUUUAUAACUUGCUUAAUUUUUAAUUAUACGUAUUUUUCUGUGACUAUACAGUACUGACAUUUUCGUCUUUUCAUUAAAAAAAUUGUUUCGAAUAUACCUAAAAUUUAUGAAGUAAAAAUUUAUAUUUCCUUUUGUUAAGCAAUUUGUAAACAACUAACUACCAUUAAAAUAUUGUCUACAUAAUGCCUAUAAUAAUAUUUUAAAGGGAUGGUUUAUGUUCACGUCAUUAAUUUAAUUCCUCUAUUAUAAACAUAUCAAUAUUGGCAACGUAUCCAUUCAGCGUUUAAAAUCAAGCUUUAGAAUAUAAUAGCCAAUACAUUUUGAAAACUAUGUUUCAAAAUAUGUUAAAUUUAACCAGAUUUUCAUUUUUAUUAUAUAUGGUCUAUUUUAAAAAUCUAUACCUAUGGAGACUCAGAAUUAUUGUUGUAUGUAUCUGUUGCAUAUUAUAAAUUCAAAAUGUAAAGAUUAUUUAAAUACUUAGAUAAAUAUCAACAAAAAUCAGAACGAUUACUACUAAAAUACCUAUAUAAGUACAUUUUUUCUUUAAUACAGGGUGUAUUUAAAUUAAGAAGCAUAAAUGCCACCAGAUAGGUAUUCUUGAGGACAAAAUAUGAUAAUAAUUGUGACAAAUAGAUAUAUCUUCGUUCAAACUUUGCUUUGCUAGUUACAUGGUGUUUAAAUAUUUGAAAAACAUUAUAAAUAUUCACAAAAUACAUUUAAUGUAGAUGAAAAGAACUUGGGUUGACACAUUAAUUAAAUAAAGGUAAAAAUUUACUGAAUAUAGAAUUAAAUUGAUUACAACUUCACCUCAAAUCAUUUUUUAAACUUUUUAGGAACUGAAACAAGCAUCUGGUAAACAUAGAUACAAAUUAAAAUCAUGCCAGUGUUCAUACCAAAGGGAAUAUUCUGGAAAUUUUGACAGGUUUAUUUUUGAAUUAAUCUACAACAAUCUACAGCAACGUCUACCAACGUUUACUUAAAUAUUUGUAUAUUAGGAUAUAUGUUGGCUGUUGGCUUUUGGCUGUUGCUUGAGUUUAUUAUAUUUUCAUAAAAAGGCUUAUGAUCUUUUGGGACCCAUUUAAGAAAUAUUUUUUAGGUGUUCUUUCAUAGUAGCUAAAAUCAGAAGACUUCCUACAUAGGAAUUUAUCACAUCUGUCUUGCUUUUACUUUAUUUUAAGAAAAACUGUCUGCUCAAAACUGAGCGUUUAAAUAAUAACCAAAUAAUCUUUUCAACCAAUAGUGGAGAUAACGAGGAGGACACACACGUUAAGAAUCACAGCAUUUUGACACCAGCGAGUAUUUUGAAAAUUGUAUUGGUACAUUUUAUUUGCAAUUUUAUUUCAAAGAAAAAUGACCUUUCUGAUUUUACAUGCAAUAUGCACAAAACUUAACUAUCUAAAUGCAUAUAAGACAAUAAUAAAAAUAUUUAUAGAAUUUUUUUGUUGCAAUUACGGUUUUAAAUACAAAAAUAUAUAUAAUUAUUGGUUAAUUUUGUAUGCCACUGAAUUUCGAUGAAGUCCAGUCAUUCAUUGUAUUUUUUUAAGUGAAUUUUUGCCUUUAUUUAGUUCCCAACUUAAGUUUCAUUAAUAUGUCAAACAUCUUCCUAGAUUUUGCAUUUCUGUGUUCUCUUUAAACGUCUUAUACCCUGUAACUGACAAUUGAAAAGGUCUAAUUGGCUCGAGUAUCAUUUAAAUGCAACCUGUACAAAAGCAUUUUAACGUCUUAAUGUUAUUAUCUGAUAAGUUCUGUGCAAUAGUGACAGAAAUUUAAUAAAGAAAUAAUUCAGUAAGAGUUGUAAAAAGUCCUCUCUUUUCUAUGAUCAACCAUCAUUUUACUGAUAAAGCACUAAUGAUUAAUUUAGUAUAGUGGAUAUAAUUCUAAUAAAAUUUUGUUAAAAUUUAA